AUGGGUGCUCGCGAAUACGAGACCCUAACUAACUUGCUGUACUAUGACACGAUCAGCUACAACGACCAAGGUGAAUUCGUCCCGUUGCCGGCAGACGUCCGACUGUCCGAUCCACUCAUUUUGAUCAUCGCGCAUAACGUCACCCCCGAGAAGAAACGAAACACCAGGUGGCCGUACGAUUUCAACACCGACGGGAACAUCUAUCCUGAGAGUUGGCCGAUGGGCGAUCCUGUCGUAUCGUCACGAAGAAAAGUGAACCCGAUCAAGUCACAAUUUCCGACUCCCCCCAAAUCAUCCCGUUCGAUAUUCUUUUUCAGAAGAGCAACCUGA